AUGAUGAGGGAAAUGAUGCAGAAGUUCUCAGAUGGGCGAUCCGCCUACGCCACCGAACAUUUGGAUCUAGUAUCAAGAACCACUGAGAAAUCGCCUUUCUCGGAAUGGAUUCAGAAUGAGCCAAAGCCUCGAGACUUUGUCAUCCCUUCCCUACCUGCGUUCAAUGGAAAAGGAGACCCACUAAACCACUUAUUUCAAUUUCAACAGAAGAUGGCAUUAGAAGCUAAUAACGAAGCCAUACAAUGCAAAGUCUUUUCAACGACUUUCUCCGGGCCAGCUCUGUUAUGGUUCCGACAAUUAAAGCCCGGGUCACUCAACAGUUUUAGUGAUCUCCGACGGACCUUCUUACAGCAGUACAGCGCGAACCGAGAGGUGCCCAAAACAAUGGCCGAUCUUUAUCGGAUUGAACAGCGGGAGAAUGAACAUCCGAAAGCAUACUUGCAACGUUUCAUUGACCUCGUGCAUCAAAUCCACGACGUCGAUCCGCUCACCGCAGCAAAUCUCUUCGUCAAAAGCCUGCAGGUGGGAUCUCUCUUGCAUGAGAAUCUCACCAUGACACCUCCAUACGACAUGGAAGACGUGCAGACCCGAGCCGAGGGCGUCUUCAGGGUGUUAGAAUUUCGAGAGCGCGCACAGAAGAAGUCUGCACUCAUCUCUGCUCCACCAACAAAUAAUCCUCCACCACUUGCCAGGGAUGACAAGAGGAAGCAGAACCAAACAGAUCGUAUGAAGGAAGGAAAAAGGCCAAGACAGGAUCGACAGCCAUCACGAUACCCAUCCUUCGAAUACACCGUCCCGCAAGAAGUCAUUUAUGAUGAAAAUAAAGACAGACCUAUCUGGUGA